GCGGAAUCAUACGUCGUUUAAAGCAUUUUGAAUGAAAUACGAAAUCAGUUAUCAUAGUGAUUCCGAGACGAUGGGAAGUCGUGCGCAGUCCGUUAUCUGCGACAAGGUCCUGGCCGGGCUGCCCCAACUCCUGGAUGAUCUUCAGAAGCUGUCGGAAGAUCAGGAUACAUCCGAUAUCGUGUUUGUGCUUGGAUCCAACGAGGAGCGCGUCUAUGCACAUCGAAUCAUCCUGAUGGCACGGUGUAAAUCAUUUCAAAACACAAAGCGGGGAGAGAUCUGUCGCAUUCCUGGUUGUACUGUGUCCACGUCCGCUCCCGGUACUCCAACGCCCAUCCGUUUGCCACACAUAGAGCCGGACAUUUUUCGACAGUUUAUUCUCUAUGUUUACACCGCGAAGAUAAUGUUGCAAGACUCUAAGGUGUUUGAAAUGAUGACGCUCGCACAGGAUAUGGGCGUCGAGGAGCUGAAGAUCGCAUGUGAAGAUCACGUCAGUAAAACUAUGUCCGUGGCCAACGCAUGCACAUUUUUAACAGCUGUAAUGGAGAUUAAAGAAAAAGCCUGUGGUGCAAAAUGUGCUGCAUCGUUUUUGGAGAAAUGCAUCACCUACAUAGCGGAGAAUGCUUCGGAGUGCGUGAAAACGAAUGCAUUCCUCAAUCUUACCAAGGAAGGACUGAUACAAGUAAUAUCCUACGACAAUUUGGGACUAGAGGAGGAAGAUGUGUGGCGUUGCGUGUUGGCUUGGGCAAAGAACCAGGCGGGAGUCACCCAACCGACCGCUCACUGGACAGAGGAAGAGAGGCAACGGGUUUGCCAAUACUUGGCCCCGGUAAUCUCACACGUGCGGUUAUUCCUGAUCGAUAGUCAAGUGUUUGCCGAAGAAGUCGAGCCAACCGGAGCCGUACCGAUCGAACUUUCGCUCGAAAGAUAUCGUAGAGCUGCGUUGCAUUCCAACAAGCUACCGACAGCCACCGCAUCGGCAGCACCCGUACCAGCAGGACCACUGACCGAGAACGAUAAACGACUGCAGCCACGUUUGAUGCUGAAUCUGUUCCAUGGGUCGGCUAUACUGAAAAAUGAUAAAAUCCAUUUCCAAGGCACCCUAAACGGAUGGUACGGAGCUGCAAAGCAAACCUGGCGAAUGGUGUACCGUGCUUCAACGAAUGGAUUUGCUGCGUCUGCCUUUCAUCGGCAUUGUGAUGGUGUCGCUCCACUGUUCAUCAUUGCAUUGAGCUCCAACGGCGCAAUUAGCGGUGGAUUUACGGAUGUAGCUUUUGCGAAAACGAACCGAAAAGGAGGAUAUUUGCAUUCGGAGAAGGCUUUCCUCUUUGCACUGAACUACAACAACGAGCCACCGACAAAGUUCGAUAUCGUGAAGAAACCGUACGCGAUCUGCUAUCAUCCGGACUGUGGACCGAUUUUCGGCGCUGGUGCUGAUCUGUUGAUUUCAAACAAUUGCAAUGCCAACAUCGAAUCGUACUCAAACUUUCCGCACUCGUACGAUGGUCCCAAUGCAACGUUCGGACAUUUGUUUGGUGAUUACAACUUUUCCAUCAUUGAUUAUGAGGUGUUUACGCUGGCACCAGCAGCUACUCCGGCAGGCAAUAAGCUGAAGCAUGACCGAUAUCCUUAGAA